GGAGUUCUGCUGAGUUCUUGUGGAUGGAACGGGAGAUUCGACCUCUCUCAGUGAACUCAACUGUAUUUAGGGAAAUCCACGCGUCCGUGGAGGCGGCGCUUAACGUUGCAGGAGUUUACUAAAGAGCUAGACAGUUUCAGCCGAGGAGUCAAUCUCCCUUUGACUCAACGUUAAACAGUUGAUUUCGAUACAAGUAAGUUAAUUCUAUUAUGGGUCGUUUUCUGAAGUGUUCCGUCCAGUGAUUUCUAUCAUGGCUGCCAUUUGAAACUCUUCAUCGACAGACUGUAGCGUUCCCGCAGUCCUGCCCCUGUGUUGCUUUUAAGGUUCUUCUGGACAACCUCAGUCCUCUCAGAGAUGCUGAACCAAAGCACAUACACUGAGAAGGACUUCCAAGCACCAGAUUAGAAAAACAACAAACAAACAACAAAAACCUGCAGCUAUCGCCCUAUCUUCAUCUACCUCUACCUUCAAACAUCCAAAAUCCAGUCUCCAAAGAAUAUGGCAUUUUUAAUGAAAAAGAAGAAGUUCAAGUUUCAGAUACACUUCACCCUGGAGGAGCUCACGGCUGUGCCGUUUGUGAACGGGAUGCUCUUCUGCAAAAUCAGGCUGUUGGAUGGCGGAGACUUUUCCAUUUCUUCAUCCAGGCAGGAGGUUCAGGAGAACUGUGUUCGCUGGCGAAAGAAGUUCUCCUUUGUGUGUAAGAUGAGUGCCAGUCCUGCCACGGGGGUCCUGGACCCCUGCAUUUGCCGAGUGUCUGUGCGUAAGGAACUUAAAGGUGGAAAGGCUUUUUCAAAGCUGGGCUUUGCUGACCUCAACUUGGCGGAGUUUGCUGGAUCAGGCUCCACUGUUCGCUGCUGUAUACUAGAGGGCUACGACACCAAGAACACUCGGCAGGACAACUCCAUACUCAAAGUUACCAUUGGCAUGACUCUUCUCUCUGGAGAUCCCUGCUUCAAAACGCCCGUGAGCACAGCUAAGACCAUUGCCAUGGCUGGGCAGGACCCCUCUCUGCAGCUGGACCGCAAGGGAGAGGGCACCGCCGACCACUCUGCACCAGCCCUCGGUGGCAUCACUCGCCGAUCCGUCAAAAGCAGAUCCUCUGGGAACAACUCUGGAGGACUUCAGGAGGGACUGGAGGAGAACCUGUCCAGUCCAGAUGAAGUGUUUCACACGGGACAUUCUCGCAACUCCAGCUUUGCCAGCCAACAGAGCAAAAUCUCAGGUGGGACUCAGGGCACGAUCAAAAGAGCAUCAGGCUAUAGUACGGAGCACUCUCACUCCUCCAGCCUGACAGAUCUGUCCCAGCACCGGCGGAACACCUCCACCAGCAGCAGCAACACAUCCGGAGGAACGUCUACCACUAUCGAGAGCCCCGUAGAGCCGGACAAAGAAGGGGUUAAACCAGAGAGACCCCCACGUCCCCCACGACCUGCUCUGCCCCCAAACAGACCCUCCAGGAGAAAGAAGGACACUGUUGAGAACCAUCCUACAUGGGUGGACGACACACGCAUUGAUGCAGAUGACAUUGUGGAGAAGAUUGUGCAGAGUCAGAACUUUGCGGAUGUCAGCAACAAUGAAGACAGCAAUUUAACUCUGUUCAUCAGUAGGGAUGGCACCACAGCGUUAAGUGGCAUACAGCUUGUCAACAGGGUGUCUGCGGGUGUUUUUGAACCGGUGGUGAUUGAGAGCCAUUAGAUCUCUGAGGCUGCAGUACAUACUCUCACACACAGUCACUGCCUUUUCUUUAUUCUUUUUAAAUGAUGGCGAGCGCAAGACGGACUGUAUGUCAGAGUGGGAACCUGACUUCACACCUUGCUCCUCUUAUGGGUCUGACGUAUUACUCGCCUAUUACAACCAUAACACCAUAAUCAUGCAGUGGUGGGUACGUUCAUUGUUCUAUGUGUGAGAAUGAAUUAAUCGUAAAUAUUUACAGCAGAUUACAAACUACUUGAAAUGCCUUACGAAAUGAGGCAUGAUGGGAGCUUCAGUCUAACACUGUGAAAUAUGAGGGCAGUCCAAAAGGUUUUAGAAAUAACAUUUUGUUUAAUAUUAUAUUAAAAUGUAAGUAGCAUUUCACAUAUUAUUUCAUGUUUUAAACUGGGAUGAUUUGCAUUUCACACAUUUUUUGUGAUGCAUUUCACACCCGUUAAAUAAAGCAUUGAAAUCCACAGCCCUUGCAUACAUUCUAAUAAUGCAGUUUAGUCGAUAACAAGCCCAUUUGCCUGUGAUAAACAUGGAUUAAUAUACAGAAAAUCAUGUAUGGCUGGUCAUACAUGUGUGUUAGAGGCAAAGAAAACAGUUAAGCUAUUCCCCAACAUAGCCACUUUCAGUAUCACACUCACACACUCAGUAUCAUACAUUCCAGCAGGACUGGUGAAGAUGAAAUAAAUAAAUAUACUGUGCUGCCCCCUCUUUCUCUUUCUCUAUCUCUUUCUCUUUCUCUUUCUCUUUCUCUUCCUGAGGAAGAUUCCCAGUGUAUUUCUAACUCUGUCUGUCAGUAUUUCAGUUUAUUUCACUAUUCUAAUCCUUGACUUUGCUGCUGGUUUCAGCUUUGAGUAUUUGUGUGACCGUGGGUUUUAGCUCUUGACAGCUCUGCCGUGGGUGCACACAACACAACAGCACAGCCAAGUCAUUUGUGGGAUUCUCAAAAUGAUCAUUUGUGGGAGUAUCAAAAUGAUCAUAUCCAGUGAGAUCCUGCAUUGUGCAGUUCAAAUAUAACGUAAGAGCAAAUGAUUCGGAGAAUUCUUUUUGUAAGAUCCCACUGAAUAAUUGCAUUGUUUGUAGGGCUAGAUCAGAGACCGUGACUCAUAGUCACACAUCUGUCCUUGGCGACCGCCUCUGUGUUUCUGACCAGCACCUGGUGUGCAAUAGGAAACAGUGUACAAUAGACUUGACAGUGAAAUAGAGAGAACGAAAGGCCUAGUUUUCUGUGUUUCUCUGUCAUGUACUGCUUGUUUGUCAUCUUAUUAGCUAUUCAUGAUCUUUGUCAUGGAGAUGAAUCUUUCUCAGUUGAUCUGAGAGCAUUCACCACAUUAAAGACUGACAUUUUGUUAAAUUUUUGUCAGUUGUGAGAAAAGUGCAAUGUGGUUUUCUUUUGUAAAAGCCCAUUUUAAUGGGUUCUUUCAGGGAAUUGAGCCCUGAAACAUUUCACCUGUCCAGUGGCUUAAAAUUACACGUUUAAACAGAAUCACUGUUCACUAGUAUACUAGAGAGUUCGUUACAUUCACAUUCAUAUUAAUUAACAUUCUUGUUAUUAAUUCCACUUAAAAAAAAAAAUGAGUCAGUGGCUUGAUCCAGCUGCUUCUCUGCAGGAUUAGUACUCCUGGAAAUUUAAAGUAACACUAACUUUUAAAGGGCAAAAUAUACAGUAUGACAGUUUUGUGGCCUGAUAAAGCGUGUUCUGGAUGUUUCUGCUUAGCUAGUAUAAGGGGAUUCUCUAAAGACACUGAAAAUCCUAUUUAAUUGUUUUCAUUGUUUACUCUUCGUAGCUUUCUACUCUUACACAAAAAAAGCUAAUAGCAACUAAGAAAAAUGAACUCUAUCCUGUCAUCUUUAUUUUCGAGCCAGCAGGCUGGUUCACUGGAGUCUCUUUCAGGGGGAUUUUCCCCUCAACCUUGAUGUCAAAUAAUUUUAAGUCUAACAUUUGUGUUGAUAUAAUGACCAUCUGUGGUUUUUGCUCUUUCUCUCGGUGUCUUACAAACACUUUUGUAAUGUUGUUAGUGAUAAUUGACUGUAAUCUGUGAUCUUUCUAAUGCAGAAGAGUAUAUAUAUAUAUAAAUAUAGCAGACUGGGAUCUAUAUGCAAAAGUUGGAAGCAAGAGGGAUGAUGUCAUUUACAGUUUUUGCAUAUUUCAGUAAUCUGGAGCUUUUGUUCUCUUUAAAAAUAAUGUUGUUUAAUUAAUGCGUGCACUUUCAUUUAUUUAUAUAUAAAAUAAAUAUUGUUUUAAAUAUAUAAAUCUAAGGUUCAAACAGCAUUGAGUGGCACAGGCUCCAGGAUACUGAAACUGCGGAUGAUAUAUAUGUAAAGUUCACUUUAACAGCACUUAAAUACCAAGGACUAACUAAUGUCACUCACACAUUCUCCAGAAUCUCCUGUACUGUGUUGUAAAGGAUGAAAGCUAUAUGCACUUACAGAAAGCUUUCCAUGAUAACAUCCAUAUUAGUGACAGCAACAUUCAUAAAGUGAAAUAUAUUCUGGAGAUUUCUUUAAAAAUGAAUUUACCACUAAAGUACUAUGGAAAUGAAUUUAUUUUUCUGAUUGUGACAGAUAUUUAUAUAUAAGCAAUGUGGUGUUGCUCCAAAGUUUUCUUGGACUUGUUUGGUUUCAUGCAUGGAGAGGAUACUUUCUAAUGAUGGACUGGAACUAUAUUUCUACACUCAAAUGUGAAUGUUUCUUUCUUUAAUGUAACUGUCAGGUGAGGUUAUCUGUAUGUAUUAUUUGGGGGAAAUAAAGAUAAUGUUGGGUAAUUAAA